UGAAAGGAAUAUAACCGCUGAUUUCUCUACAAAUUUGUAUUGAUAUUUUCAAACAAAAGUAAGAUUACAUUCCACAGAAGCCAAGUUAAUAUUAGGCUUUUGGGACAAAGAACAAGAUUUCAAAUGUGAAUGGAAGUGAAGAUAUAAGAAAAAAGCUGGGCCAAAUGUCUGAUGUGACAUCACUGCCAUAUUUUCAUGGAAACAUCAGCAAAAAGGCCUGUGAAGUUUUAUUUGCAGCUAAGGGAAAAGAUGGAAGUUAUCUAGUGCGAGAGAGUGAGACCAUCCCAAAUGCUUUAUGCCUCAGUGUCUUCUCUCAAAAAACUGUAUAUACAUAUAGAAUUUUUAAAAAUCAUCAAGGACGUUAUAUGGUUCAGACUGGAUAUGGAGUUAAAGAAAAGUUCUUCAAAAGACUGCCUGAUUUAAUUGCUUACUAUAAAAAACCUGGCAAAGGUCUAGUGAUUCAGUUAAGUUGCCCUCUGGAAAAAACCAAAACUAAACAAGAAGAUGAAGAGAAUGAAUAUGAAGAAGUUAAUGACGCUGACUAUGUUGAAGUACUUGGCGAAUGAAAAUGUUCAAUAUUAUUGAACAGAAGAACAACC